AACGACUUUUUUGCUCCAUUAGAUUCUUCAUCAGCAGUUGCGCAUUGUAUUUGUGGUUCUUAGCACCUCACUUCACUGCAUUCAUUCAAUUUAUUCUCAGAAAAGCUGAAAAUGUGACAGCGAAAAUAAAGAGGUAGAUAAACGCAGUUAAAGUUAUACAGGUAUGUUUGUUAGCUAAAUACGUUCAUGCGUUCGAAGUUCAAGCGUUCAAGCGUUCGAACUGCAACAUGGGUUCACAAGCAACAACAAUAACAGGCAGGGGGCGGGUACGCUUAUUGCUAACUGGCUAGCUACCUAAGUUAGUUAGUUAGCUUGUUAUCCAUACAUACAUACAUAGCCCAAGACGAAUAUAUUGCAGAAGAGCAAGGAGCAUCAUCCCUGCCCCAUGAGCAGCGAGCUGCGCUUUCUGCCUGCCAUGUACUCAUUCCCUGGCUUAAUCAAUGUCCCUGAAAUGGGGAUCAAUAUUGGCCCUGCAAAUACCUGUCAACACCUGCCGGGAGUGUCGCCCCCAAGCACGAGUUGGGAGAGAAGAUGCCUGAGAAAGCACAGGAGGAGAACAGAUGACGAAGGAUGCAGUGCCAAAAAGAGGAGGCUGAUGGGAGAUGCAGGAUGUGAUCCUUUGGAUGACCUCAGCCAUAAUGUGUGUCAGAUCUGGCCACCAGGCAACAACGGCCCCCCUCUACCUGAAUCAGCCAGCCAAGCACCUCCACAGCACUGCCUGGGGACUCAGAACCUGGGGCUGCCCAUAUCCGGGUCUCCCUCCCGUCUGGUCCGUCCAGAAGCAGAAGGCUCCUGCAUCGAGGUGGAGUCUGCUCAUAGAAGACUGCAGGAGAUUGAGGAAAGGAUCAGUCUGGAGGAUGAUGAUGAUGACCUGGAUGUGGAGCCUGCACCCAGGCGGCCAGUGCUGGUGAUGUCUGACAGUCUGAGGGAGGGGCUUCAGCGUGGCAUCAGUGACAUUCUCCCCCACAAUGUGGCCCAGUCUGUGAGCCAAUCCUGUAUGGAGCUGGUAGUAUGGCGCCUCCCAUGGGAUGCGCUGGCUCGAAAGCUGAAAGACUCCCUGCAGAGGAAGCUGCAGACUACCAGCAGGCAACCCCCGACCCCCAGUGCCCCUACCCCUCAGAUUCCCCUCACAAACCCCCCAGGGGAGACGUACUCCCCUCUGUACUGCAGCCCAGUGGCCGGGGCCCACAGCUCUGGAGAGGAGGACAUGGAGCUGUAGGGCUUUUGAGACCCAGCAUCAGGAAUGCCCAGAGUAGCUACAGGUCUCAGCCUUGGUUCACUUGGUUGGACCCUCAGAGAAGCCAUGGAGAGACAGAAAAAACUGCAUAGACUGAUCCAAAAGCUUCACAGUGACAUGAACGUCUGCUUUGGAUCAAGACCAGGCUGUUGGGCAGCAUGGCACAUGUAUACCACUUGGCCAAAAGAGGGCAAGUACCCACUUUCUUUGUGCUACAGUUAGAUAAUACUGGAUUUAAAGAGCAACUGCCUCUAAAAAACAACUUCUCAUUUAGAAAACAGCCCUGUGUGUCAUCAAUAUGAGUCAAACAUUUAUUAUACUGUCAAAAUUGACUACAAAGUGUAAAUAAACUGAGUCUCGUCCAAAAUAGACUUGUAGUCGUGACUGCAUCAUAACGUAAAUGAAUGUUGGGUUUGUUGUCGUUUUUUCUACUUACCCAGAGUGGGAAGAACUCAUGGAUACCAUUUUUAUGUCUGCGUGCAGUUUGGAGAUGAUGGAAGUUAGCAUGUCAUUAUCUUUUUUGCUGGAAGUCUCCAGGUUAGAGUAUGUGAGCGGAGCUUGAGUGGAGUGAGGAGCUGACCGUGCCCAUUUGACUGGAGCAUGGAGCGAGAUCCCAAAGGCUGGAGCGUCAGCCUUCUCGCUCUAAUAGCGCUCACUUCACGAGCUCAGGACAUGCCUGGCCCAGCAUGCAUUUGUAGGCUACUUGUGUGCUGCUAUAUAUCCUUGCUUUAGCUACUGUCAUGGAGUUCACUAAAUAAUUUCAUAAAGAAACUGAUAAAACACACAGGUGCAAAAUCAAGGUGACUUACAAAGAUGAGGAGCAGGAAAGGGAGUGCAGUGAUGUAGUGUCCUCAACUAAAGAAUCAUUGUGGAAUCUGAAAAGACACGUAUCCCAAAAGCAUGAUGGUGUACUUACUAUGUGCACAUGUUUACAGAAAGGAACGAGGUGGGUAGCUGGCAAAGUGUGUCAUUGUAGAAAAGUAUUUAUAAACAAAAAAUCAGAUCUCUUAAGUUUUGUAAAAAAAAUUCUAUUGUCUAUACAAUAUACCAUCAUUGAUUUUGGCCCAAUAGGCCUGGCAUAUUCCCGCUUUCAAGGAGCUUUCUGUUUUGACUGGGUUAUUUUGCCUGAACCUUUAGGCCUACCUAUAUAUACAUUUUUUUUAAAUACAAAUAAAUACCCAAAAGGGUGUUUAGCAUCCCAGUGGCUCUGCAACCGCGGAGAGGAUAUUCUCUGCUGCUGGCCUGCUCUCCAGGCACCAUCGCAUGAGCCUGAAGCCACAGACUGGCCAAUCUCGUGUUUCUAAAAAUGAAUUCAAAGGCACUAAUAAGUCUAAUAAGGCAUUUUUCAUUUAAUUUGUAUUUCAUUCUAAGUAAGUCACAGCCUAUAUGCACAAUUUAUAGGCUAUAAUGAUUUAAUACAACAAAAUGUUGUUUAAAUGCUGAGCGCUUUAUGUCCCUACCAGCCUAGUGUUGCACUCGCAAAUGCUUCACAAUGUAUUUCUUUGUAGGCUAUAGCCUUGAAAUAAUAAAAAUAAUAUAGGAGUGCCAGAGCGACUGCUCUCCUCAGCUCACAUAUUCUGCUCCAGGUAGAACAGUAGCCAGCUCCUCACAACAGCAGGGAAAUAGACCUUCUAACUACUCUAAAGUUGGGUGUUGUUGGUCAUUUUCAGUGUCUUCAGAAAUUAUUCACACCCCUUGACUUUUUCCACAUUUUAUUGUGAAAUAGCCUGAAUUUAAAAUUUAUUAAAUUGAGAUUUUGUAUCAC